AUGGAGGACCAACUAGUCCAGCUGCUAUCAGCAACCCAAACCGCCCAGGAGGACACGCGCAAACACGCUGAGCAGCAGCUGCUCUCCCUCUACGGCCACCAGGAGCUCCCCCUCGGCCUCAUUGGCAUCGCCUGCCAUGACAGCGUGCCGCUCAACAUCCGCCAGGCCGCCGUCCUGUACCUGAAGAACAUUGUGCUGGCGGGAUGGAGUUCCAGCCUCGACGAGUGGAAGGGCCAGGCGCUCGUCUCGGAAGAGAACAAGGCUGUAUUACGGCAGCAGCUGCUCAACCUCGCUACCCAGGACGGGCUCGACCGCAAGCUCAAGGCCGCCGCGGGCCUCGUCGUGAGCAAGAUCGCAAGCGCCGACUACCCCAUCGAAUGGCCAGAUCUCCUCGACAACCUCCUCGCACUGAUACCGAACGCGACCGAAGGCCAGCUACAUGGCGCUCUCAGGGUGCUCGGUGAGCUGGUGGAGGACUGCUUCAACGAGACGACCUUCUUCCAGGUCGCGCCUCAGAUGAUCAAGGUCCUGUUCAACGUGGCCACCAGCGAGCAAACAAAGCCGACGCUGAGGGCCUUGGCUGUGAAAGUCUUCCAUGGCUGCUUCGAUAUCCUCGAGAUGGUGCUGGAGGACCACAAGACAAUGGUGAAGAGCUUCGCGGAUGAGAUACUCAAGGAGUGGAUUCCCUUCUUCGUCAAUGUCCUCAACAACAGGCUACCUGAUCCGCCGUCAAUCGACGAGGAGGACUCGGAUGCGCCCAACGCCCUGCUCUACAAGGGACAGAUCGCGCUCAAGCUACAGUCAGUCAAGGUCCUCAUGCGCAUACGGUCCGUCUUCCCCGCUAUCCUCUCGCCGCAAAGCAUCGUCCUGUUCCAGGCAACCUGGCAGGAGCUAUCGCUGCUAGAACCCGCAUACUCCCUCAUGUACAUAAAAGAGGAUCGUCAGAGCAGGCUCGAAGAUGCCGAUGGUCUGCCGUACACGUUGGACUUCCUUAUUCUAGAGGAGCUGGACUUCAUGCAGGCGUGUCUUCGUGCACCCCCGGUCCGCGCGCAACUCGAACAGGAACUCCAAAACCAGACACCCGACAACUCAUGGGUCACACAGGUCAUGAAGCUGGCCGUGGCGUAUGCACAAAUUACUACAGAAGAGGAGGGCCUCUGGGAUGUGGAUGUGAACAUUUUCCUGAGCGAGGAGACAAGCGUCACCGCGAACUACACGCCCCGCACAGCCUGUGGUGACCUCGUCAUCAAGCUUGGCGAGUGGCUGCAAGAGCCUACUGUCAACGGCUUGUUGACCUACACAAGAGCGCUCUACUCCGAGUCUGAGAGCUGGAAAGCUAAAGAAGCCGCGCUUUACGUGCUGAACCAACUGUUGAGCGAUUUCCAGGACGUGGACAAGCAGAUCAGUCCAGAUGCUGCAAGCGGCUAUGUGGACUUCAUUCGGUAUGCCAUGCAGCAGCCCGACGCUUUCCUGAGAGCACGCGGUUACCUUGUCGCUGGAAGUUUGACAAGGACAUCCGGAGACGCUCUGCAACAGCUCGGCACAUCCUUCCUCGAAGCAUCCCUACAGGCUAUUCCAUCUGACGAGUCCGACGUUGUCCAAGUGUCGUGUAUUCGGGCUUUGCAAUACUAUCUCCAAGCGCUCCCACCUGCGACAACACAACCCAUGCAAGCACCUAUCAUCAUGGCCAUCAGCAACUACCUGGCUGCACAAGAUAUGUCAGAGCUUAGCGACAGUGAAGACCUUAUGGUCACUCUCGUCGAAACACUCCGAGACGCUAUACUUAUUGAUACGCGGAUAUGCAUUACAGACAAUGGUCUCGACACGCUCUUCCGAAUCGCUAGUCAUCAAGCUAACAACUUCCAACUCACCAUGCUAGUCACCGAGGCCUUCGAAGAGGUGACGGAGACUAUCGCGCGAAUGGGCGGGGAUGCGUACGUUCAACUGUGCGCAAGGGUGCUUCCAUCACUUAUGGGUGCCUUUGAUGUCGGAAGCUUGACCGAGGAGAAUGCUUUAUGCAACUUUGCUGCUGAUCUUCUGGCUGUCAUGGCUGAGCAUGGACCAGAGCCGCUACCCGCUGGCUUUGUCGCUACGACCAUGCCAAAGCUCACAAGAGUCUUGCUAGGCUCUGCCGAUGAGGAGCUGCUGAAGUCUGCCACGACUGCCGUAAAGAACAUCAUCUCGCACGAUCACCAACAGCUCUUCGAAUGGCGGGAUGACACCGGAAAGGCAGGUCUUGAGGUAACUCUCAUCAUCGUCUCACGUCUGUUGUCUUCGUGCAGCGACCAUGCUGCUGGCGAAGUCGGUGCGCUUGCCGCAGAGGUAGUAGAGAAGGCCGGUCACGAACGACUUGGACCUUACCUAGAGCAACUCCUACGAAGUGUCGCUGUCCGUCUAGGCCAAGCAACACAAGCACAGUUCAUCCAAAGUCUGACGCUCGUAUUCGCGCGUCUAAGCUUGAACCAUGCCUCAGAGGUUGUAGACUUCUUGGCUGGCCAGGACAUCGAGGGUCAAAACGGGCUUCAGGUUGUGCUAGCCAAAUGGCUCGAAAACUCCAUCAACUUCGCGGGCUACGACGAGAUCCGACAAAAUGUCAUCGCUCUUUCAAAACUGUAUGAUUUGAAGGACCCUCGUCUUGCACAGGUUCAAGUGCAGGGUGACUUGAUACCGAAUACCGAUGGCCGCAUCAUGACCAGGAGUCGCGCCAAAGCUAAUCCUGACAAGUAUACCAUAGUACCCGCACCCCUCAAAAUCCUCAAAGUCCUCGUCGUCGAACUCCAAUCCGCCUCUGGCGCACCUCUCGACGCACAAGCAGCUGCUGAGCUUGCCGAAGAAGAAUCUGAUGACGGUGAAUGGGAGGACGAGGCGAACCCUUUCAUGGACCUUGGCAGUGGUUUCAGCAAAGAGCAGCUCAUGGCUUUUGCUGCUGAAGAGCCGGGCGGUGGCCGUCAGCGCGACGAUGAGACGCAGGGUUUCCUGGUUGAUUUCUUCAAGCGUGCGGCGACUACGCAGGGCUUUGCGGAGGAGUUUGGGCAGCUUACUGAGGAGGAACAGCAGAGAUUGAGGGAUAGCGCUGCAUGA